AUGGCACCCCCAAAGCCUAGAGUUAUCCUCGGUCUCAUGACUUACGGCCCUCGCGAAGCUUCGCCAGACAACCGUGUAACAACAGUUGAAGAAUUCCAGCAACAUCUCAAUGCGUUUCAAAAGAGCGGAUACAAUGAGCUUGAUACAGCUCGCAUAUACUCCAUGGGGAAGCAAGAAGCCUUUACCGCACAAGCAGGAUGGAAAGAAAGCGGCUUCAAGAUUGCUACCAAGAGCUACCCCCGCGUUCCGGGAGCUCAUUCAGCUGCUAAUCUCCGCAAUGAUCUGGAAACUUCUCUAGCGGAGCUUGGAACUGAUUGUGUGGACAUUUUCUAUCUUCACUCAGCUGAUCGUACUACCCCUUUUACGGAGACGCUUGAAGCCGCAAAUGAGUUGUACAAGGAGGGCAAGUUCAAGCAGCUUGGCGUUAGCAACUUCUCUGCUUAUGAAGUCGCGGAAGUUGUCAUGCUGUGCCAAGCUCGAGGUUGGGUUAAGCCAACCAUUUACCAGGGAGUUUACAAUGCCAUCACUCGUAAUCUUGAGACUGAAGUGAUUCCUGCUUGCCGCCGUUUUGGAUUGGAGAUUGUCAUCUUUACGCCGCUCGGUGGAGGCCUGUUGACUGGGCGCUACAAGUCUGCCGACGACGAAGAGCAAAGUGGUCGUUUUAGCAAUAGCUCGUUCCUGGGGCCUAUUUUCCGGCAACUGUAUUUCAACGAUGCCCUAUUCAAAGCGCUCGAUAUUCUUCGACAAGCCGCUGAAAGGCACAGCUUGACUAUGCCAGAGGUUGCGUUGCGCUGGGUCGUGCACCACUCUGCUUUGCGAUUCGUCAAGGAUGGUGGAAACGACGGAGUCAUUUUCGGAGUCAGUAAGAUAGAGCAGCUACGCCAGAAUAUCGCGGACCUGGAGAAGGGCCCCUUGCCAGAGGAGGUAGUCAAGGCUCUUGAUGCUGCCUGGGUUGUCGCCAAGGGAACUAGCCAGAACCCUUGGCACACGCCGCUUGAAUAUACCUACAAAGGCCACUCAUAG